UUAAGAUCUAAUUUCUCCCCCUCCAUUGUCAACAAAAAGCCCAAUUAGGCCCAUAAAAGCCCUAAAAUAUUUAUUUGGGGAAUAUGGAGAUUACCUUUAGCAUUAGCAUUUCCUUUCCCCAAUAUAAAUAUCCCAAAACCGCGAAGGCUACAUCUUCGCAUGAUCGCAUCACAUCCCUUUCUUUCUCUCACUCUCAUCUCAUCUGAGCCCUAGCUUCGAUCAUCCUCACCGACGGGGGCAUUACGAUCUACUACACACACCCCAAGUUCUUGAUUUGUUUCUUCACCGUUGCCAUUCUAAUUUGACCUAAAUGAUUUCAAGAAGAUUAUGAUAGGUAGGGAUUAAUUAGUAUCGGGGAGGAAGCUACAAUGGCGAAGCUUUCAGGGUUGCAAAAGCAAGUGCUCAGUCUCUACAGAGCAUUUCUCCGAGCAGCUCGCACCAAAUCGGUUGAAGAUCGACAGCAAAUGGAAUCAAUUGUCGCCACCGAGUUUCGCCGCAACGCCAAGCAAAUUGAUCGUAAAAAUUUCAUCUAUAUCGAGUACCUUCUUCGUCGAGGUAACAAACAGUUGGAUCAACUUAAAAGUCCUGCCACCGUUCGAUUGUCUACGCUCGAUCCCAAUCCUGAGCCUUGAAACUGUGUGUACAUUUCUUCGAUUAUUGGCUAUUACUGUUCUUCGUACGAUCAAUUUUGAACCCUAGAAAUUAAACUGUUUUCUUUCUUUCCUUCUUUCCUUCUUUCCUUUUGAUGAUUUUCUUCAUUCGUAAUCUUAGGCAUGAAUGCUUCGUGGUAGUUAGAAUUAUGUUCGAGUUCGAAUAUUUAUAACGCAUCUAAUUUCUCUCCAUCGAUCGUCAACAAAAAGCCCAUUUAGGCCCAUUGGACUGACAAAGGCCCAUAAGUAUUAGCAUAAUCGCAUCAUAUCAUUUCUUUCUCCCACUCUCAUCUCAUCUGAACCCUAACUCCCAUCUUCCUCACCGACGGGGGCUUUUGGACCAACACUACUUUCUUACGCGCCUUUCUUCUUGUUCAGCUCUGCAAAAUUUGGGACAUAAAAGCCAUGAAAGAACAGGAAGAUGGAUUUGUAUCUGCAGACAAGCAUGGUGAGGAUAAAGUAGAGCAACUGGUUCAAAUCAAGACAUUGUUUUUUGCUAGAGCUCGAGAUCUGACAGGUACGAAUGAUGUUUUAUUGGAGAUCCCUUUAGGUAGUACUACAAAGGAUUGUCUGGACAAGAUUAUAGGCAAAUUUCCUAGGCUAGAGGAAAUCCUUGGAUGUGUGGUUCUGGCUCUGAAUGAGGAUUAUACAACUGAUUCAACAAUUGUUAAAGAUGGAGAUGAGUUGGCAAUUAUCCCUCCCAUAAGUGGUGGCUAACCUUUCUUCUGCUACCAUUUUAUAACUGUAUAUACACACACAUAUAUAUUGUUUUGGUGCCAUUUCCAAAUGUGGGACUUCAUAAGCAAAUGGGAACAUUGAGCUUCUUCUCCAACUGUGUAGGCAAUUUACCUGUAUGAGAUGUAUGUGUUUUAUUGGGUACAAUUUGUUCUGCCUCAAACUUUCUUACUUUACCUCAAACGUUUUAAUCAACUUGUAAUCGUCUA